AUGUCUGUUGCUGCUGCUGUGCAGCUGUUGGGGCCGCAGCGGCUGACUGCAGCACUUGCUGCUGCUGCUGCUGCUGCUGCUGCAUGCAGCUGCUGCUUCAGCAAGACAGACUCUUUGCUUGAAAAGGAGAGAACAGAAUCUUUUCUUUCUUCUCUAAGAAGCAUAAGAGGCUACCUCAAGCUCUGCAAAGUGCUGCAGCAGCAGCAGCAGCAGCAGCAGCGGGCGAUAGAUGCAGGGGCUGCUUCGGCCUUCGCUACCAGCAGCAGCAGCAGCAGCAGCAGCAGCAGGGAAGCAAGUGUUGCUGGGGACGUGUUGAUUAGCUGCUCUUUGGACUUGGAAUCUGCUGCUGCUUCUCUGUGCCGCAUUUGCCGCCUGCGAGCACCAAGCAGCAGCAGCAGCAGCAGCAGCAGCAGCAGCAGCAGCAGUGCUGCUGCUGCAGUGUUUUUGGCCCCUCACCACGGGGCAACUGAAGCAGCUUUGGAAGCAGAGCUUUUAAUUAAGCGGCUGUACCCCCCAGCGGAAAGAGACACUGCAGCAGCAGCAGCAGCAGCAGCAGCAGCAGCAGCAGCAGCAGCAGUAGAGGGGGGGCCUGGAGCGGCAGCAGCAGCAGCGGCGGCAGCAGCGGAACUUGCUGCUGUGCUGCCUCCCCCCUUCGAGCUUGCUGCUGCUGCGCAUUCGCCUGCUGCUGCUGCUGCGGCUGCAGACACUGUGAGGGCCCUCUCCUGCUGCUUGCUGCCGCUGCAGCGGGGAGAGCUGCUGCUGCUGCUGCUGCAGGCAGCAAAGCAAAAGGGCCUUCAGAGGGCCCCCAGGGGGGCCCCCUGGCUGCUGCUGCUCCGGCAGUGUGAGUGUCUCCUUGCUGCUGCCCUGCUGCUGUCUUCGAUUGUCAGCAGCAGCAAAAAGGGCAAAAUGGCAUUUUUGAAAAAUAGAGAUUUUAAGAAUUUAAACAAAGUCCAGAAACAGCAGCAGCAAACCCAAGACCUCUCUUACUUAGAUCAGGCGCUGACGCUGCUCAUCGAGCUUCAGCAGCAGCAGCAGCGGCAGCAGGAACUUAACCAGCAGCAGCAGCAGCAGCAACCGCAGCAGCAGCAGGAGCUCCCCCCGCAGCAGCAGCAACAGCAGCAGGAGCAGCCUCCCUGCAGCUGCCUGUACUGCUGCCCGGAAGAAGACCUGCACACUGCUGCAGCAGCAGCAGCAGCAGCAGGGCCCCUCCCCUCAGCAGCAGCAGCAGCAGCAGCAGCAGAGAGUCUUGACUGCUUCUUCGCGCUGCUGUUCUGCUGCAUGAGCUUUUGUGCUGAGGGUCUGGGGGCCCUCGGGGGCCCCCCAUCUGUCUCUGUUCAUUUGCCUUAUAUUAUUAUUGGAUUGGUGGAAGCAGCAGGCAGCAGCAGCAGCAGCAGCAGCGCAGCAGCAGCAGCAGCAGCAAGGAGGGCGCUGCAUGCGCUUCACGACGCAGCUGGCCGCUGCAUGCACAAGAAGGCAAUUGAUGAAGAGGCAAAAGAAGGUUUUGAUUCUGCUGCUAAUGAAGCUGCUGCUGCUGCUGCUGCUGCUGGGGCUGCAUGCAAAGAGUGCAGAGCUGUGCGAGCGGCAGAAGCAGCAGCAGCAGCAGCAGCAGCGCCAGCAGCAGCAGCAGCAGGCGAGUGCACAGACGGAGCGCGGUGUCUGCUGCAGACCGAGGGGGCUUUGCUGCUGGACGAAUUGGCUUGCCGCAUGCAGCAGCUGCAGCAGCAGCAGCAGCAGGCGCUGCUGUUACUGCAGCAACAGCAGCAGGAGCAGCAAAUGCUGCUGCUGUUGCAGCAAGAACCUCGAGUUGUCUCUUUGCUCUCUGCUGUUAUUGCGUUGGCUCCUCCCUCCCUCAUGGGGUCUGUCGGUUCGCUGCUGCAGCUGCUGCUGCAGCAGCAGCAGCUGCUGCAGCACCAGUUGCAGCAGCACCUGCUGCAGCGUCGCUGGCACAACCAGCAGCAGCAGCUGCAGCAGCAGCAGCUGCAGCAGCAGCAGAUGCAGCAGGAAGUGCCCGUCUGGCUGCUGCGGCUUUUUGCUGCUUUCUCUUAUUCCAUUUCUGCUGCUGUUGCUGCUAGCCGCCGUUGCGCACUGCAGCAAAACGGGGCGAAGCAAUUCGUCUGCUUUGACUGCUGCUGCUGCCGCUGCUGCUGCUGCUGCUGCUGCUUUGCCAGCAGCAGCAGCAGCAAUUCUUUUCAGCAGCAGCGGCGCUUCUUAAAGUCCUCACUUAUGCGGCAAAGGGUCUCCCGCCAAGGGCUCUGGGCCAGCAAGAGCAGCAGCAGCAGCAGCAGCAGCAGCAGAGCAGCAGCAGCAGCAGCAGACGAUGACCCUGAGGUAGUGAGUUUGCUGCGGGCAGCUGCACUGCUGGGGAUGAACGAAGAUGCAGAUGAAGAAGAUCUUUUCAGCAGCAGCAGCAGCAGCACACGCAGCAGCAGCAGCAGCAGCGAUUUAGGAUUUGCUGCCGCAGAGGGGUCUGGCGGUGAUGUGGCCGCAGCAGCAGCAGCAGCAACAGCAGCAGCAGCAGCAGCAGCAACAGCAAUAGAUUUCCGGUCUUUGCGUCAUUCUGCUGCUACUCUUCUGUGUCUGAUUUGGCCUUCUCUUGUUCCUUCUUUUUAUCCUUCGGCUCCUCUCCAUGUCUUCAUGCCAGCUCUCGGCAUCCUGCAGCUAUUGGCAGCCAGCGCUGCAAGCUUCAUAAAAGACAGAUUUGCCAGAGACGUCGCCCCCCAUUUGCCCGCCCGGCUUUUUCUUUCCGCGGGAGGCGGCAGCCACAGAUCUGAUGCCAACAAGUAG